CAAUUCAGAACGUGUGUACAUUUUGAGUGUGCACUAGUGUCUCCGCUGGAAGUUAAAAUAAUUAAACAAAAACAAAAAACAAAAGAUGUCGAUCAAAGUGGACGAAAUGCGUAGAGGACUCUUUAAAAUAUCGUGGACGAUGGAAGGUUUAGGACACGACGAUGUGACAAUACAAAAGGGUGUCUUCCAAAUCAACAACUCUGCACGCUCUACUUACAUUGUUUACUCACGAUCCCGAAAGCCAUCGCUAAUUGAUUACGCUGACGUGUGCAUAAUGCUGAAAAAAAAGGCGAACCAGUUAGAAGAAGACAAUCAACAGCAGAUGUCGGCUGCUCCGGCCGAUAUGAAAACGCCCGUGUGUAAAAAUGGCCGGACGAUGUCGUUCAUGGAUCAUUACGAAACUCCGCUAUUCGUCUGGGUAGAGAACGAAGUGCUCGUCAAGAAUGCCAUGAUGCAUCUAGAAGAUGCGUGGCAAAUCUUUGUGCCCAUCACCAACUACAAUGAACCAACAGUCACGUUAUACAUGGAUUUCGGGUCAAACAGCUUAGGUCAAACGAGAAUGAUUAAAGACUUUGCUGAAUUGUUCGUCAAUCAAACGAAUUGCGACGUGCAGUUUCGUAUUCAAGGGAUAACUAUCGGUGCUCACGUCGUGAUUCUCUCAGCUCGCAGCUCCGUUUUUGCCGCCAUGUUCCAGUGUGACAUGCAAGAGUCUAGAACGAAGAAGGUCGUCAUCGAGGACAUCGAACCAGAAGUAUUUCGACAACUCCUUCAUUACCUUUACACGGGCACGUGUCCACUAUUGAAGAUGAAAUCAAUUACUCAAGAUCUGUUCGUGGCCGCUGAUAAAUACGACAUCGAUACGCUGAAAGAUGAAUGCGUCGAUAUUCUGUUGGCACAGCUGGAAAUCAAGAAUUCGAUUGGCAUGCUAAUUUGGUCUCAUUUGCAUUCGAUCACGACCCUCUUUGACGCUUCGAUCAAGUGCAUUGCUACGCACGGGUCCACCAUUUGCUUCUUGCCUGAAUGGAAGGAUUUGACUCACGAUUAUCCCGAUUUAUGUCUGAUGGCUACACAGCAAAUGAUGAAGAACAAGAUUCACGGUAGCGUUUUCGGAAGCGAUUGCGAAACUGAAUGCGAGCAGGAUCCUCUGGUCGACCGAACCGGACAAUACGAACAAGUUGAUUUCACCGACGAACGCUACAAUCAAACCAAGAUCUUGAUGCAAGAAAUGCCGAUUCCCACAAGUCACGAAGUUCGUCCUGGAUUGUUUCUCAUUCACUUGACUGAAAAUGACAUUAAAAAGGGGGAACAGAAUGUUUACCUCAGGAAAUGUGAUUUCUAUCCUUACACAUUGAUUUUUGAAUGCCUUGAAGGCUCACAAGAACCUGUCAUGCUUUCAUUAAUCAAAUGCCAGUCCAACAAGAUGAAAACCUUGCCAGUGGGCAGCAAAUAUUCAGAUUUGGCCAGAGCUAACCAAGGUAGCAAAUACGAGGAUGACCAACCAGAAUUUGUCUGGAUCUUACACAAUAAAGAACAAAAACCAACGCAUCUUAAACUGCAAUGUAACAACGAUGACGUAGCCAACACGAAAAGAACGUGGGGGCCUGUCAAAUGUCCACUCGACAAGACGUUCGACCUGUGGCUGGAUUUUGGAACGCAGACUCUUGGUGAGAAGACCGUCUUAAACGAAUGGGCAAACUUACUCAUCCAGCAGGACUUUACCGAUGUCGAAUUCAACGUUCAAGGGGAACUGAUGGGCGCUCACUCACCGAUCAUCACGGCCAGCAGCUCCGUGUUGGCCUCGUUAGUUCGCGGCCGUCCGACGAAAGGCAACAAAAAAUCGGUCAAAGUCGUUCACAUUGGUGACGUUGAACCGCAAGUGUUCCAACAAGUUCUUCAUUAUAUAUACACGGGUAGAAUCCCGCUAAUCGAAGAGGAUGGCAUGGCGGAACGAUUAUUCAAAGCAGCAGAUACGUACGGCUUGGAAUCUUUGAAAGAGGAAUGCACGAGGUUCGUGUUUGCUGACCUCGACGAGCACAACGUCGUCGACACUCUUAUCUGGUCAUACAAAAACUCGCUGUUCAGCCUCUACGAUAGUGCACUCAACUUUGCUGUCCAAAACUACGCUCGUGUGAGCUCGCAACCUGAUUGGCAAAAUUUGAUUGACAAUCAUCCGCAGAUCUGUUUGCGAGUGUCGCAAUUGAUGGAUCCCUUGGUGUCUAACACUUUAGCUAAAGAAACUAGAGGCACCUAAUGAUGAUGUUGCAUUUUUACCUUGUAUAUGUACAUUGCGAGAAAAGAAAAACAAAUGUGAUUAAAUGAAAA